AUGAAGCGGCGCAAUGAAGUGCUUUCUCGCCACAAGCCGCUUGUCAAAAAGUUUAGGCGAAAUCCCGUCAUUGCAACUGGACUCUACACGUGUCUUUAUGCAGAUACAAUCGAAGCGUACAAAAACGAUGCCACCGUCAACUCUGGCUAUCCAUACAUUUUGGUAGUUGUAGACGGAUUGUCUCGGCAAUCUUUUGUGCGCCCCAUGAAAACCAAAUCAUCUGCCGAAUGCGCUCAGCUUUUGGGCGACAUAUUUUCCACGCUAGAUUUGCCUGGGCACACCAUGUUUAUGACGGAUCAAGGAAACGAAUUCAAGGGGGAAGUUGCGCUUCUGCUCGACGACUGGAACAUGACGCCCGUAAAGCUAACCGGCGUAAAAGCUGCUCUUGCUGAGCGAUUCAAGUGCGUUGAAUAA